CAGAGGCCAGCGAUUAAGGAAAUGGAAAUGAAAAAUGCAACAGGGCUGACAGAGUUUGUUCUCACAGGACUUACGUAUCAACCAGGGUGGCAAAUCCCCCUGUUCCUGCUGUUCUUGAUGAUAUACCUCAUCACCAUUGUGGGAAACCUUGGUCUGAUUGCUCUCAUCUGGAAUGAACCUCAACUUCACAUUCCCAUGUACUUAUUCCUUGGGAACCUGGCUUUUGUGGAUAAUUGGUUAUCAUCCACAGUGACGCCCAAGAUGCUGGUCAACACCUUCACCAAGAAUAAGAUGAUCUCUCUCCCUGAAUGCAUGGUACAAUUUUUUUCCUUUGCAGUCAGUGCAACAACAGAAUGUUUUCUGCUGGCAACAAUGUCAUAUGAUCGAUAUGUAGCCAUAUGUAACCCGUUACUUUAUCCAGUGAUUAUGACUAAUAGACUAUGUAUGUGGCUGUUAUUCUCAUCAUUUGUAGGUGGUGUUCUUCAUGCAUUAAUCCAUACAGGUUUUUUAUUCAGAUUAACCUUCUGUAAUUACAACAUAAUACAUCACUUUUACUGUGACGUCAUGCCAUUGUUUAAAAUCUCUUGUACUGAUCCUUCUAUUAAUGUUCUGAUGAUUUUUAUUUUUUCGGGUUCAAUUCAGGUGUUCACCAUUUUCAUUGUCCUUGUCUCUUAUACAUUAGUUCUUUUUACAAUUUUAAAGAAGAAGUCCGUACAAGGCAUAAGGAAGGCCUUCUCCACCUGUGGAGCCCACCUCCUAUCUGUCUCUUUAUACUAUGGGCCUCUUCUAUUCAUGUAUGUGCGCCCUGGAACUACACAAGCAGAUGAUCAAGAUAUGAUGGACUCUCUAUUUUACACUGUCAUAAUUCCUUUCUUAAAUCCAAUUAUCUACAGCUUGAGAAAUAAGAAAGUCAUAGAUUCUCUGACAAAAAUGCUAAAGAGAAAUAUUUAG